ACCAUAAGCAGCUUGCUAUUAAUAUUGGAUCUGAAAUCCUCAAACUGAUUGCUUUGUCCCCUCUGAGUCUCUCCUAGUUUGUCUUCAGCGGACGUCCUGCCCGGUCACCAUGUCCACCGCACACAGGCUGGUUCUGGUUCUGGGAGGAGCCGGCACUGUUGGAUCCGGAAUAGUGAAGUGUCUCCUGGAAAAAGGGUUCCAGGUCGCUGUGAUUUCCAGAGAAAAUUCCCGUCUGGAGAAGCUGAGGAAUUUUGUACCCGUACAGUACAGAGAACACCUGCACACCAUGGUCGGAGACGUGGGUUCUGAGGAGGGGGCGCAGGAGGCGGCAGACGCUCUCGCCAGUCGCGUUGGGAAGGUGACCGAUGUGGUCUCAUCGCUGGGGUUCAGCUGGUGGCAGGGCGGUCCGCCCCACACACAGUCACUUCAGGAGCUGCAGAAGGUGAUGGACAUUCUCCUCCUCAGCACAUUCACCUCCUGGAAGGCCUUCUUCCCAUUGGUGAAGGACGAUCCCAAUGGAACCUACACAUUCAUCACAGGUGGCGCUGGCGAGCGCCUGUUGAUGCCCGGUACCGGGUUCCUCACUUUAGGAGCGGCGGGGGCUCUGGCUUUUUCCCAGGUGGUGCGGGAGGAGUAUCCGGAUAUUCCAUGCAAACUAAAUGAGGUCAAGAUCAACAUGGGAGUGGCCCUUCCGGAACGCCUCGGCCCCGGCUACGUGAGCCACCUGGAGGUGGGGGAGGCAGUUGCCUCGUUGGUGGAGAAGAGACGAGUGUCGCAUACUGUGUUGUGCGCCAAUUCCACCACCGACCUCAAGACUCUUAUCUUAGAGGGGAAGCUCUGAGCACCGGGACACUUUUCCUCCUACCACCUGAUUCUAAUUCCUGGCGUACCGUGACCCCCCCCCCCCCCCC